AGAGAGGUAUAAGGAGAGUAGAGAAAGAGAGAGGGUCACGAGGUAUCCACUCUUUGUUCUCUUUCUUUGUUCAUAAAACCAAGGGGGAGAGAGAGAGAGAGAGAGAGAAAGAAAAGGACACCAAUUAAUUAAGCAGCAGCAUCUCUCUAUAUAGAGGGUAUAGAUAAUUUUAGACAUGGAGGGUUGGUUUGGGAGGAGCAAGAAGAGUGGGAACAGUAGUUCCAAGGAGGAUAACAAGGAGAUCAAAGGAGAAGCAGAAUAUCAAAAACAUGUAGGGAAAAGCAAUAGCAAGGUGGUGGUGGAUGGGAGGGAGAUAAGGGAAUUGGUGGAGAACAAGGAGGCGUUCAGUAGCUUCGUGGACCACAAGUUUCACGAGCUCGACCGCGACCGCGACGGCAAGCUCUCCGUCAAGGAGCUCCAGCCCGCCGUCGCCGACAUCGGCGCCGCCCUCGGCCUCCCCGCCCAGGGCGCCUCCACCCAAUCCGACCACAUCUACUCUGAGGUUUUGAGUGAGUUCACUCAUGGGAAGCAAGAUAAGGUGAGCAAAUCCGAGUUCCAGGAAGUGCUUACUGAUAUUUUACUAGGAAUGGCCGCCGGACUCAAGAGGGACCCUAUAGUGAUUUUACGAAUCGACGGAGAGGAUCUCAAGGAGUUCGUCGAGAGUCCAAGGUUCGAACCGGAGGCGAUCGCAGUGUUCUCUCAAUUGGAGUCGGAGAACGCCCCUUUGCGCGAAUGCUUGAAGAGGGCUCUGCAGCAACUCACUGUCGAGCACGGAAUGCCUCCCGCGUCGGACCCUUUGGUAGUGAGCAAAAUCGUCGAACCCGCUCUGAGUGAAAUUUCUGCCAAUCAACUUGAACAGCCGGCUUCUCAAGAGGCAUUCUUGGAAGAAUUCAAGAAGUUGUUGAACAUUAUAACUCGACGACUCCUGCAGCACCCUGUUAUUGUCGCCCAUACAGAGAACACCUUCGACGGAAGUGGCGUCAAGAGACUGCUGUCGAACAAAUUUGAAUUGGACAAGUUGUUGGAUUCUGUUUGGAGAGAAGUACCGAAGGAUCGGCACCACAAGUCAUCAAAGGAGUACCUUCGAGUGGCGCUCGACUCAAUGGCUCCAUCUGCGAAUUUACCUCCUUACGGCGCUGUUGAUCAGGUGGAUGCUGUUGUGAAUGAGGCCUUCAAGAUGGUGCAAGCAGACGACGGGAAGAUCGUGGACGAGGCCGAGUUCAAGCAAGCCCUCACGGAGAUCCUCGGGAGCAUCAUGCUCCAGUUAGAAGGUACACCGAUCUUCAUCUCGUCCAACACCGUCGUCCACGAGCCCCAUGCCCCCUCAACUUCGACUCUUUUACCUGUAGCAGCCCCUCCAAAUGGCCAAGAACAGUGACACACACAGGACAUGCAGAGUGAAGAAUAUACUUUAACCUGCACGGAGUAAUUGUUGUUCUACCAGUUAUUUUCAAGGGAAAAACAAUAAAUAUAUAUAUAUUGAGAACUAAUGGCCUCGGAUAGUAAUUAUGUAGCAAGUUAGUAAUUGUCAAUAAAUGGUUCUCUUCUUUCCUUUGCUUUAAGACAAAGAUUACUUGUCAUUCACCAGCUUUAAUUGUAAGAUGAUUAUGCAUUUAUGAGUUACAUAUAUGCCAUCCCUUUUGAGGUCAUUUUUUUGCA